AUGAUAGAUCGUUUCCAAGUUCCAGAUCCUGACUUUGCUCCAUAUGCAGAGACGCAUGCCAACCGAGACUUUGAUGGUCCUCUUUCUGUUUCGCUACGAAUGGAAAAGCGAUUUCGUUCCUCUUAUAAGCGUCUGGUCCAAUACCGGUAA